AUGGACGAUUCGUUCAAUUCCAAUCAUCCUUCCGCAUACAACCAUGUUGCGAGCAAUGACAAUGUCGAUAGCAACAUGAGCCCAAAUAAUCAGGGGGCCCUCUCGCAGUCCUCAUCUUCCGACUGGAUGUGGCGGGCAGGGUCCAUCAGUUCGAACAGCGCGCCUCCGGUGGUGAACUACCAGCUCUAUCCCUUCACGCCGUACCCUGAUCUCAAUGCCGGCCAGCACCCGCACUUCCCGCCGCCGCAAGAUACAAUGACUGCACCCAAGAUUGCGAUUCCACGGGCUACCAGCGCCAAGACAUCGUCGCAACGACGCCGGUCCGCGCGUGCCUGCGAGCCUUGUCGUCAGCGGAAGGUCAAAUGCGACGGCGGUCGGCCGGAGUGUCGAAAGUGCCGCGAGCACGCGUUGAGCUGCUCAUAUAUUGACAUCAAGCGGAUUCGCGACCAGAAGCAGCUUGGAGUGUUGUCGAGGAAGGUGGAACGGUAUGAGAAGUUGUUGCGCCAGUUCGAGAAUGAAAUGGACCCGGGAACGACGAAGCGGAUCAGAAAGGCCCUAUCGGUUGCUGAACGGUCCCCAUCCGAUGGUGACGGCGACGCGGAUGUUGAAGGCGAAGAUGGUGGGAGCGACGCGGACUCGUCCACAUCGCAUGGAUCGCUUGACGAGAUCGACCUUGUGAAGGAGGAUCUGAAUCGCAGCGAUAAGACGGUAGCAAUGGGAUUUUAUGGAAAGAACUCGGAGGUUGCGUGGUUGCAAAAGCUGGAGGAUGUGUCGGGACAACGAGCUGAGCAAGGCGAUUCGGGCUUCGAGAAGAAAGCCUCGGGGAGACAAGUACCGAUCAUGUCGAUGAGCUAUCACCUCGACGACCUGGUGCUCCCUCUCUCUGAUUCGGUUGAUCCCUUUGCGAUGCCACCAAAGCCGCUUGCCGAUAAGUACUUUCACGCGUAUAUGCGAUCAGUCCACCCAGCGUUCAUGGUGGUCCGGGAAAACACAUUUACGUCGCAGUAUGAGGAGUUCUUCACCAAGAAGUUUGUUAACCCGCCGCGAUGCUCAUACAGAUGA